AUGGAACUCCUCUGGCUUGACGAGGAUGCGAAAAGUGGGAAGCAAACAAUGAUGAGUCGCCAGUCUGCUUGGAUGCCUGGCAAGAAUGCUCCUUGGGAGUCAAUGAGAGGGAGCCCUGACGAGAAGAAGUUCUUUGGUCGUGGGGCGUUCGGAGGGCAUGUGUUUGCCCAAGCACCACUGGCAGCUGCCAGGGUCGUGGAAAAAGAUGACGGUCAGACACCAGCAAAAGAAAGACUGGGCAUUCACGUACGGGAAUAGCCAAGCUCAGAAUUUUAUGGUGAAUAGGGGCUAACCUGAGUACCUCUCUUCUAGUCUAUCCAUGGUGUUUUCACCAACCCGGGCUUCAUAGAUCGCCCAUUCAUCUAUGAAGUCGCCAAAGUAUCCUCUAGUCGCUCAUUCUCAACUCACAUAAUCAAUGCGAGGCAACCUAAGGAGCCUUCAGGCACCCCAAACGGGCCAUUCCCUCCGUCGGAUGCUCAACUGCCACUGGGAGAUGUCUGCUUCACCUGCGUCACUACGUUUAAGCGACCCCUUAUUGGUCCGUCAGAUAUACAAGACGAAAUACCUCCGCAAAAACGAUUCGCAAGCAUCCUGGAGUCUCGGGCACCGGACGAAUGGGAAGCCAGUCCCCAGGCUGACAUUGAUCUGUUACGCGAGAAUUUCCCCGUCAAAGGCCAUGUCUGCUUUCCGAUUCUUGACAUGUACAAAGUUGAUAUGACGGAAUUUAACAAGGACAAAGCUAUUUCUGACCGUCGACAGCUUAUCUUAUACCGUCUCUAUAAGCCCCUGCCAGCAGAAGACGUCAACGCACAUAUCACUUGUCAUGCCUUUGAAGCUGAUCGCAAUGGAUUCAUCAUGCUGGGAAAUCACCUUGGAUAUGGCUAUAACAUGGGUCCAGUUGCAAGUUUGAGUUAUUCAUUCUACGUCCAUGUGAACGCAGAAGAGGCGGUUAUGCGAGGGGACGGAUGGUGGAUCCAAGAAGUAUACUGGCCUCGGGUUAGUGCUGGGAGAGGGAUGAUGGAGAGCAGGAUUUGGAGUCCAGAAGGAAUACACGUAG